AGAUAUGACAUCACGUGUACUAAACCAAGGCGCCUGAUUUAGUCGAUUGACCUCUUACCGCCAUGUCGCUUCUAGCGUUGCCCGGAGAGCUGCUCGAGAAGAUUGUUAUUAGCGUGAGCCAGAGUCAUGAGAUUUUUAUUGCACCUUACUCUUCGUUAUAGGCUGAUCCUCGUACUAGCAGUAGUCGAGCGAUCCGACUGACAUGCAGAACGCUCUGCAAUGUCGCCACACCUUUUGUUUUCGAACAUUUCUACAUAGAUUUCCAGAAGAUUGAAAUGCAUAGGUCUCGCACAAUCCGUUUCCUCAAAGAACUUUCACAGGGUAGACGAUUGGCCAGAUUCAUCCGAUCCCUGUAUUUCCUUACAUCCAGUGGCAACUACAAGCCGAAAUUCAGCGGUAUUCGGGAUGCGAUAUCACUGUUGAAGAACAAGGAAACGUUUUUUGAGAGAGUAGGGAGACUUAUUUUGGCAGCCGUUCUGCAGAUGCAAGGAGUGCGAGAAUUCCAUUGGAAGGAGCCUGAAAGAGCAGAGAUGUGCUCUGAGAUAAUACAUCAAAUCAUCCAUUCGCUAAGCAAUCGUCCUCAUCUCCGUUUUGUUUCGAUAUCAGCGUAUGGAAUCGAUAACGACAUCCCUUGCGCACCCUUCCAUGGUUUGACCUACCUGAGGAUUGGCGGACAUGGUUCUCUGGAUUACGUUCCUGCCAUCAUCGCCAACAGUCCGAAUCUAUCCACGCUGCAUGUGCUCAUCGAUCGCUGUGACUCUCCUUCACUGCCGCACUUCCCUGUGCUCUCUCUCUUCAGUGCGUUUGCCGAGGGACAACAUAGCUCUGUGCGGGCAGUGGUCCUCGCAGACAAUUGCCUCAGUCUGGAGCCGUCGACUAUUCCUGCCCUUAUCCCACAUUUUUGGAACUUGUCAGAACUUGUCGUGCCAUUUGGCUUCAACGAUGUUCCCGAUGAGUUCUGGAAUGCCCUUCUUGAUGCAAAUGUGUACCUUCGUCACGUCAUAUCAUAUCAUUCAAGACCGAGUGAUUCGUUCCUGGAUUACCUUGGAGCUUAUCAUGGAUUGAAAGUGUUACAUCUGUUCGUACAGGCCCAAUACGUAUGGGACAAAACCCGUCCACGAUUCUUUUGCCGUCGCAUCAUCCCCGCACACUCGUCGAGUUUAACAAGUGUUCUGGUUCAGCCUAUAUAUGCAGGAUCCUGGUGUUUCGAUGUUCCCAUGCUCAGAGCCCUGUUACUGUGCCCCAAUCUCGUGCACAUUGGCAUCAGUGUCGACAUGCAGAGGGCUCAAGUACAACACGAUGAAAACGUCAUUACAAGACUACUGGAGAAUGUGCAAUAUUGGCAUUCUCUGGAACAGCUGGAAAUUGGGGCGGCGAUACCUACUGAUCCCACACUCAGUCCCACUGACAAAUCUCUCAAGACCGCCGUUUGUGUUCACAUUGUGAAUUGUGCGAUGAAAUUCCGUCAAUCUUCAGCUUCGCCAAUGGGAUCCUAAAUCGAAGGUUUAUAACUUUCUUCCACCUUACAUUCCAGGAGCGACUAUCGGCGGUAUGAGAGCUAUGCCAGUUCUGUAUAGUGUUGGAACAGGUUUUGCAUGUUUCCAAAAUUCUUAACCUGAUGAAUCAUACUGCGCUAUGUAUUCAACGUGUCGCUAUACGAUAUAUGCAAUGUACAAGCUUUACUUUGGCUGUAAAUUCUCCAAAUUUAUCUAUAUAUCUUCAUGGACCUCGAAGUGUAGGAUCGUGAAAGUACCUGUCUUGGAUACCUGGUACUGGAAGAAUCACACCGUUGGCAAUAUACAUAGA